CAGGGCUGGAUCAGGAUUUUAUGCUGAUUAAAGUGUCAAGUUCGUUUGUAUCUAAACACUCUUUUAUCACGACUGACUAGUUAGCAACGAAAAGUCGGGAAUAAACCUUCAACACGAACAUCGGAACGAUACCAACCAUAGUACAUACCCGAGCAAGAGUGAUACGACAACGGGUUUGUUAUUCCGACACAGGAAUUUGAACCACUGUUCCAUGAGUGGAAAAAGCAAACUACAAGAAAGUCGAAAAAAAUAUAAUGGUGUCUUACCCUGUUACAAGUUUAAAACAAUGUAUUUUGUUACAAACGCUAUACAUUGCAAAGAGUUCUGACAUUUAACUUAUUGUUUUCCUCCUGGUCCAUUCUUUCAUCAUUGGUCAUGUACUUCUUUCUGCGUACUAAUUUGUUUUCAUUGAAGGUCGAUAAUGAACGCAAAGGGUGGUCGAUGUUUAAACAGCCAUAUAUUGUUGAAAACAUAUUUGCAAACUAAUAUAAUUACCACGUGUGAUAGUCGGAUGUUAUGACGUAGGGUUUACACAUAAACAAUGUCCGCUUUAAUACAGACAUGCUACCUUUUAAUUAAAAGUUACUUAGACUCAAAAAUAUUUUCUCCGAAUUUUGAUUCGUAAUACCUAUCGACCAUAAUUUCAACGUAAACUAUGUGGGCUUAAGUAAAAUGUAAAUCAUAUCGUUUCUGCUCAUGUGUGCAAUGUUCAACUAGCGCGAAGAGCUCUUUCUUGUUUUAUGACAUGUUUCGAAUGAAUCUAACAGUGGUCGGUCCCGUAUGUAAUAAUGUAUUUACUGAUCAAGUCUAUUUGUAUAAUUCAGCGCACUUUAACGGAUAUAAAGUCUACAUAGAAAACCUGACAUCAUGGGGUUACGAAGAUGACGACCGAAACUAUAUACCGCGGAACACUAGUCGUUCCCUGUGUUACCAGCACGACGGUAGCGAAAUCACGAAUCGAACCAUGGUUGUGCAAUGUGUCAAGACUUUGAUUGGGAACUCAGUCAGGAUUGAGAUGGCCAACAAAUACAGUCAGCUGGUUCUCUGUGAUAUUAAGAUAAGCGCAGGAAGGAACAUUGCGUUUGGGAAAGGGCUAACUCUAAGCCCGAACAGCAUAGAUGGGCCGUAUUCACCAACAGGAGCAGUUUAUGGAAACACAAACAAUACGCAUGUACGCGCUUGUUCUGGGAUGUUCGGCAAUGACACCAAGCCUAAAUGGAUACAAGUAGAUCUGAUGCAAAAAAUAGACUUGAACUUGAUAGUGAUCACUGCAUAUCAAACAGAUGGUUUCCUAGAUUCUGGAGUUAGAAUAGAAGUAUCAAUUGAUUCAACAAGUCUUUUCAAAGAGGUUUUUGAUAAUUGAACCGACUUUCGACCAAUGACUGGAAUUUUCUUGACGUCACAAGGGCAGUAUUUAAAAAUACGACAAAUGGCUGGUAAACGACACUUUGUUGUGUGUGAAAUACAAAUCUUUGGAUAUUGUCCGGAGAACUUUUGUGGAUACAACUGUUCUGUUCCCUGUCAUUGUCGAAUCCCAGGACCUAUGAAGGACAAACUGACCGCAGUUUGUACUUCCGGUUGUGCUGGCAGGGCGACAGGAAGGAAUGGUUUGUGCAACCAUGUUUGUAGUAAUACCACGUGGGGAGAGGAAUGUACAUAUCAAUGUGGCCACUGCAACAAUGGAGAAUCCUGCAACGCCAGCAAUGGACACUGCAAGACAUGCACAGCGGGCUAUAAGCCAACUCCAAAGUGUGAGGAUGAAUGUGACCUUGGCAAGUAUGGUUUAAACUGUUCGCGAAACUGUGGUCACUGUGGACUAGAAUUAGAUUGUGAAAAGGUUUCUGGAAAUUGUUCAGCAGGGUGUGAUGCUGGAUGGAACGGUACACUUUGUGACCAAGAAUGUGAAAAUGGAACGUACGGCUCGAAUUGCUCAGAAACGUGCGGAAACUGCGUUGCGGGGUGUAAAAAGGGAACGGGCACUUGCUUGGGCGGAUGUUUAUCUGGUUUCAAAGGCGAAACCUGUAAAUACAUUGACCAAGAGAUCACCCAAGGGAUCGAAUCGCCCCAAUCAGAUAGCUCGACUGGCCACAACUGCAGUCCAAAAACCAGAAUGCAUCAAUGCCACCUGGUUUUUGACAUUACUGCUGUGGACAGAUUUUCAGCAAUGCAGGUAUUGCCUUGUUAUGUAUUACUGGAGGCAAUAAGUUUGGAAAUAAACCAGACUUUUGUCAAGGUUUCCCUGAAAUAAAUUGCCAGUAUGUUUCUUGUUCUUUGAUAUUAACAUUCGCUUGUUAUGACAUCAUCAUCAGUGUUUAUUUCAAUAGCUCAUUGAUGAACUGUUUCUUUCCGAAUUAAAUUUCUUUCAUGCCGUUUUUGUUGCGGCUUUGAGAUAAUAUCAUUUUCGAAAAAACACUUCUGAGCUUCAUUGGUCUUUGGACUGUAUUGUACAUCUAUUCGCACAUUUAGUAUGCUCUUUUAAGCAAACAUUGCAUUAAUUGCAAACAAGUAUCACAACACAAUCACAGCAACACAAUGAGAUCCCUAUCUAAAGAAAAAUUGCCACUUUUCAUUCAUUCAUACUGUCAAUCAUUCAUGAAUAUAUUCAUUUACUUGAAGUUAAUACAUUGAAAAAAAAUACAUUUCAACUCUGAUGGCAAAAGCAAUAACGAGUGAGCAGGGGGAUUGAGAUAAGUACCUUUUCCCUUUAUGCACUAAAGAAAAAACCUAAAUACACUCAAAAUGCCUUAAAGGGUACAGCAGAUUGGCACCAAAAAAAUAAGUUUCUGUAGCGAAUCUCGGUACAAUUUUUUCAUAAAAUUUGAUCCAAACGUUCAAUCUGUGAGAGUGCAGCUUUAAUAAAUUAAAACACUAAUUUAUUGUUUAUUUAAUAUAACCAUCCUGGUUGCUGAAGCCACAGAGGUAUUUUCGAGGACAAGAACCAAUGCUGAUCAAAACAUGGUCUAGUGAUGGAAUUCCAUACUCGUUCUUGGCAAGGAUUUUUUAGAAAGGAAUAUUGUCUUAGAAGAGUCCUA